AGAUAGCUAAAAAGUAAACGACUCUUCUCUAUUUUCCUCCCUAAUCCAAUGGAUUCUGCGUUCUCCGUCACCACGACGGCGCAGAUGGUGCUUUUCAGAGCACUCCACCGUCAUUUGACCGGAGCUCCUCAACGCGCGCUCCUCCGCCGCAACCUCAAAUGCAUUGUUGCUUCCUACAACAACUGCUGCCGCAUUCCGUGCUCUUCUGCCUCUUUCGCUUCUGCGCCGUCGUCGCCGUCGCUCGCCAAAUUCCGUGCGCUGCUCAAGCGAACACCAUGCCCUCUGCGCUGCGUUUCGACCUCCGCUGCUUCGUUUGCUUCUUCCGCCGGCAGUGGUAAUGGCGGCGCUGGAGCCGGAGACGGUGGAGGCGGAGGCGGAAGUUCUGGCGGUGAGUCUGGAGAUGGUAAUCUCAAAUUGGUUGUUGACGCGGCUCAGGAGUUUUCUGCACUUUCUCCUGAUCUUAUCAUUCUCGAUGUGUCGGGAAUGGUGUGCGGAGGAUGUGCAGCGACUGUGAAAAGGAUCCUGGAAAGUCGACCACAAGUGUCAUCUGCUAGUGUAAAUUUAACAACAGAGACAGCAAUAGUUUGGCCUGUAUCUGAAGCUAAAACUGCACCAAAUUGGCAAAAGCAAUUAGGGGAGGCACUUGCAGAGCAUUUAACUAGCUGUGGUUAUAAUUCUAGCCUUCGAGAUUCAGCAAGAGACAGUUUUCUCCAAAUAUUUGAAAGAAAGACGGAGGAAAGGCAUAGACAAUUAAGAGAAAGUGGUCGCGAGCUAGUUGUUUCUUGGGCUCUUUGUGCUGUCUGUCUGGUUGGCCAUCUCUCUCAUUUCUUUGCAGCGAAGGCACCAUGGAUCCAUGCAUUUCAUUCCAUUGGGUUUCAUCUAUCAUUGUCUUUGUUUACAUUGCUUGGUCCUGGACGUCAACUUGUCCUUGAUGGCUUAAAAAGCCUUCUUAAAAGGGCGCCAAACAUGAACACCUUAGUUGGUCUUGGAGCUUUAUCAUCAUUUACAGUCAGUUUAUUUGCUGUCUUGCUGCCAAAUUUGGGUUGGAAGGCUUUCUUUGAGGAACCAAUUAUGCUAAUUGCAUUUGUCUUGUUAGGAAGAAAUCUUGAACAGAGGGCUAAAAUUAAAGCAACCAGUGAUAUGACAGGACUUCUUAGCUUAUUGCCAUCAAAAGCUCGCCUUGUAGUUAACAAUGGGGAAACAGAGAUUGGCUCAGUUGUUGAAGUUCCUUCUGACAGUCUUUCUAUUGGAGACCAAAUUAUUGUAUUACCUGGAGACCGUAUUCCAGCUGAUGGAAUUGUGAGAGCUGGUAGAAGCACUGUAGAUGACUCAAGUUUCACUGGGGAGCCACUGCCAGUAACAAAAGUACCUGGGAGUGAGGUUGCAGCUGGAACUAUAAAUCUUAAUGGAACUCUUACGAUUGAAGUGCAGAGACCAGGUGGUGAGACUUCUAUGGCAGACAUUGUUCGUCUAGUUGAAGAGGCCCAAAGUAGGGAAGCUCCUGUACAGCGGUUGGCUGACAAGGUGGCUGGACACUUCACUUAUGGAGUGAUGGCGGUCUCUGCUACCACAUUUAUAUUCUGGAGUCUGUUAGGCACACACAUUUUACCUGCUGCUGUAUAUCAAGGAAGUGCAGUUUCACUGGCUUUGCAGCUUGCUUGCAGUGUUCUGGUUGUUGCUUGUCCAUGUGCACUUGGGUUAGCCACACCUACUGCUGUGCUGGUUGGAACUUCUUUGGGGGCUAAAAGAGGAUUACUCUUGCGGGGUGGAAACAUUCUAGAGAAGUUUGCCAUGGUAAACACAGUUGUGUUCGAUAAAACAGGGACCCUUACAGUUGGUAGACCUGUGGUGACAAAGAUUGUCACUCCUACAUGCAUAGAAAAUGCAAAUCCAAG